AUGAGCUCAACAGGUUUACAUCAAAUCACAGAAGAAGUUCACCACACAACUCAUAAAUCAGGUAACUAUGUUAAAGGAAACAGAAAGUACUUAGAUUAGCGUUUAAAAAGAGAAGAAAUCCUUAAAUUACCUUCCUAACCAGCAAUCUCUCCCUCUUUCCCUUUCGGGCCUUAUCGCUUUAUUGACAGGGAGUAUCUUAUUAUUUCUUACGAAACAGAUAUAGAAGUUCUUCGUAAGGUAGUUCCUUAUCCUCUAGUUCCUCAAAGCAAUGUCGUCCUCUAUGAGUGGAUUAACAUGCCUGACUCAAGCGGCUUUGGUUCAUAUUCUGAAACUGGAACAGUCAUUCCUUGUUUGCUAAAUGGAGAACCUGUUAAUUUCACUCUGCAAAUGUACUUGAAUAAUGAAGCACCUAUUGCCUCAGGUAGAGAAAUUUGGGGCUUUCCUAAAAAGUAUGCCAAACCUUCUAUGGGAAUUAAUAAAGAUACCUUAGUAGGAAGAUUAAAUUACAGCGGAGAAUAGAUAGCAUUUGGCACUAUGACUUAUAAAUACAAAAAAAUUCCUGAAGCAGAAGCUUUAAAAUCACUUACUAAAUUGCAGUGCGUUUUGAAGUAUAUUCCAGAUGUCGACUGGAGCCCUAAGAUAGCAUAACUUAUUGGUUUUAACCUCUGUGAUAUUUAAUUGAAAGAAGCAUGGGAAGGACCAGCUAAGCUAGAAUUGAUUCCUCAUGUUAAUGCUCCCACUACUCUCCUCCCUGUCCUCAAAGUAUUGGGUGGUAAACAUAUUAAAGCAGAUAUAACUCUACCUUUUGGUAAAGUUUUGCAUGACUACGUUGAAAGCGUUGGUGGAUAAGAAAAUGCAAAGGAAAUAGCGAAGGGUCAUAGAGGAGAAUAAGGACAACUUGAUUUUAGUAUUCAAGAAGAUGUUUUAAGGGCUGCUUCUAUGCCUCUUAUAGCUCCCUCUUUCUCUAAAGGUCCACUCAUUAUGGAUGACAGAGAGUAUCUAAUCUUUUAAUAUGAAUCAACUCCUGAAGCAAUAGCAAGAGCUCUACCUGAACCCCUCAUUCCUUACGAUCAUAAUUACGUGUAUUUAUAUUUUAUCAAUGCAAGUGGAAGCGGAUUAGGUGAAUUCCAUAAAUUAGAUAUGUAUGUUCCUUGCUAUUUAGGAAACGAAUUAGUAAUGUUUGGAGUUUAAAGUUAUCUUAACUCAAGUGCUUCAAGAACUGCAGGAAGAGAAGUAUUCGGCUAACCCUAAAAAUUUGGUGAUGCUGAAAUAACUGUCUGCAGAGAUACAUUGAAGGCAACUUUAAAGUACAGUGAUGAAACUAUAGCUUUUGCUACUAUGUCAUAUAAAUUCAAUAAAUUAGAUCCUCAUAAAGCAAGAGAAAUGCUUGAAAUCCCAAUGGUCAAUCUUAAAUUUAUUCCAAGUGCAGUUGAAGGAAAAGUUGAUAUUGCAUAAUUGACAAAAAUGGAAUAUUCAGAUAUCCACGUUACUGCCUCUUACCAUAGUCCUUGUCAAGUAAGCUUAGUCCACCAUGUUAAUGCUCCUCUCAAAGACUUACCUGUUGUUAAAACCCUUGAUGGAUAUCAUAUCAAAGCUGAUACUAUCAUCAAAAAAGCUACAGUUGCUUAUGACUAUCUAUUAGAUAAAUCUUUUAUAUAAUGA